AUGCCCUUUGGGCUGGAAUUGGGUGCAGGGCCUGGUGGAGGGGCCCCCAGCUGCCGGCUGGAGGAGACAAGGGAGCGGGGGCCCACGCGUGUGCCCGCUGGCCUGGGUGUGCCCGACGCUAAUCCCCCACCCCCACCCCCACCGCCACCAGCCGCCACGUCCCCCGGAGGCCCCCAGGAGAUGGAGGGGCAGGAGCCAGAGACGAGGCUGGAGGAGGAGGCCGGCAGCUCCUGGAGGGGGCCAGACGAGCUGGAGCUGGUGCUGCAGGAUGGGCAGAGGUGCGUGCGGGCUCAACGCGGCCUCGCCGAGGGCCUGUCCUGGGGCCCAUUCCGCGGGAGCAUCCAGAGCAGAGCCUCAUCCCCUGGGCAGGAGGAACCGAGCCCAGCCCUGACCCUGCUGCUGGAGGACGAGGCCUGCUGGCUGAGGACACUGCCCCGAGCCCUGACCGAGGACGAAGCCAACGUGGAGAUCUACAGGAAGGAUGAAGCCCUCUGGUGCAGGCUCACGAAGCCAGUGCCAACGGGCGGACUGCUGAGCAUGCUCCUUGCGGCUAAGCCCCGCAGCGCCCCCAGCCACCCUGUGAAGGAGGAGCCAGCAGAGCCUGAGGGCCCGGCCCCCUCACACACCGACAUUCAGCUCCUGCCCCAGCAGGCCGGCAUGGCGUCCAUCCUGGCCACAGCAGUUAUCAACAAAGACGUCUUCCCGUGCAAGGACUGCGGCAUCUGGUACCGGAGUGAGCGGAACCUGCAAGCUCACCUGCUCUACUACUGCGCCAGCCGCCAGAGUGCCGGCUCCCCAGCCACAGCCGCCACCGAUGAGAAGCCGAAGGAGACCUACCCCAACGAGCGCGUGUGCCCCUUCCCCCAGUGCCGCAAAAGCUGCCCCAGCGCCAGCUCCCUGGAGAUCCACAUGCGCAGCCACAGCGGAGAACGCCCCUUCGUGUGUCUCAUCUGCCUGUCAGCCUUCACCACCAAGGCCAACUGUGAGCGGCACCUCAAGGUGCACACAGACACCCUGAGCGGUGUCUGCCACAGCUGUGGCUUCAUCUCCACCACAAGGGACAUUCUCUACAGCCACCUGGUAACCAACCACAUGGUCUGCCAGCCUGGCUCUAAGGCUGAGAUCUACUCACCAGCGGCCGGGCACCCCACCGCCAAGUUCCCCCCAGACAGCCUGGCCAACUUCCAGCAGCACGCGGCCCUGCAUGGGCCCCUGAUCCCCACCGACCUAGGCCUGGCGCCCACCCCACCGCCAGGAUUGGACAGGAAGGUCCUGGCCGAGGCCACCAAUGGAGAGGCCAGGGCGGCACCCCAAAACGGGAGCAGCAGCGAGCCCCCCGCGGCCCCCAGGAGCAUCAAGGUGGAGGCGGAGGAGCAGCCCAGGGCGGAGCCACGGCCGGGGGCCCCCUCACGGACGCCGUCGCCGCCAAGCCCCGCCCCGGCCAGGGUGAAGGCGGAGCUGUCCAGCCCCACGCCCGGCUCCAGCCCCGGUCCUGGCGAGCUAGGCCUGGCAGCCGGCGCGCUCCUCCUGCCGCAGUUCCCCGCAGCGCCCCCCGCCUCGGAGAUCUUGGCCAAGAUGUCCGAGCUGGUGCACAGCCGGCUGCAGGCAGGCGCGGGCGCGCAGGCUGGCCUCUUCACGGGGGCCCCUAAGGGCGCCACGUGCUUCGAGUGCGACAUCACCUUCAACAACGUCAACAACUUCUACGUGCACAAGCGCCUCUACUGCUCCGGCCGCCGCCCGCCCGACGACGCGCCCCCCGCCCGCAGGCCCAGGGCGCCCCAUGGCCCAGCUCGUGCGCCCCCCGACCUGCCGCCCACGCCGUCCUCGCUCUCGGACAAGGGCGCGCAGACCCCCGGCAGGGUGGCGCCGGGGUCCGCGCCCGGCGGCAGUCACAGGUACUGCCGCCUGUGCAACAUCAGGUUCAGCAGCCUGUCCACCUUCAUCGCGCACAAGAAGUAUUACUGCUCCUCGCACGCAGCCGAGCACGUGAAGUGAGCCGGCGCCAUACGGCGGGGCC